ACAUGCUACAUGCUGCUUUCCCUCACUCUCUUGCCCUCACGUGGCAGCCUUGUGUGUUGUUUUUGUUUUGUCUCAUGCCUUUAAAAUCCCAUUUCUUCUUCAUCUCCCCAUAGACGAAAGGUGAGUUGGGGCUGUAUGUGUUUGAGUCUAUGCGAGCUUUCCUUGGGGUGGGUGUCCAUAGAUUUGCCCUCCAGAGUUAGAGAAAGAUGGCGCUAGAUGCUGUGGUUUUCCCACAAGACCUCUUUGGUUGCACCUUGAAGGAGAUCUGCACCGUGGAAGGAGGAGCAUGGAACUACGGUUUUGGUGGAGUGGAGGAGAAAGGGGUAGUGCUAGAAUGUGAGAUGGGUGGUGGAGGUGGUGGUGGUGGUGGUGGUGGUGGUUGUGGGGUGAGGCAAGACCAAGGGAGGGGGAGGGUUGAUGGAGUGCAUGGGAACUGGGACUCCUUUUGCUCCUCCUUGGUGCAAAACCUUGAGGAAUGGGAUGUGAAUUCCUCACCACUAUCGGAGACAGGUGCCAAGGAUGAGGGCUUCGUCAGGGGCCAGGAGGCGGCGGUGGGUGGCCGAAGGAAGAGGCGGCGCACCAAGAGUUCCAAGAACAAGGAGGAGGUCGAGUACCAGAGGAUGAGCCACAUUGCGGUGGAGCGCAACCGGCGAAAGCAGAUGAACGAGUACCUCGCCGUGCUCCGGUCCCUCAUGCCUCCCUCCUAUGUGCAAAGGGGUGAUCAAGCAUCAAUAAUUGGUGGAGCGAUAAAUUAUGUCAAAGAGCUCGAGCAACUUCUCCAAUCUCUCGAGGCUCAGAAGCGACUCAAACAAAGAUCCGACACAGCCCCAUUUGCUGAUUUCUUCACCUUUCCACAGUACUCAUCAUGCUCUUCUUGCAGCACAAAUAGCACUGCAACCACUGCUGCUGCCACCGCCACCAACAAUACUAGCAAGGUGAUGGCUGAGAACCAAUCGGCCGUAGCUGACAUCGAGGUAACCAUGGUGGAGAGCCAUGCCAAUCUCAAGGUCCUCUCGAGGCGGCGACCCAAGCAGCUGCUCAAGUUAGUGGUGGGCUUGCAGAAUCUGCAGCUCACAACACUCCACCUCAAUGUGACCACCAUGGAUCAAAUGGUUCUCUUCUCAUUUAGUCUCAAGGUAGAAGAUGACUGCCAAUACACAUCGGUGGACGAGAUUGCAACUGCAGUCUAUCAAAUGGUUGGGAAGAUUCAGGAGGACUUUGGUCUUAAUUAGUUUGCUUGUAAUCCUAACCAUGCCAUAUUGUUGCAGUCUCUUGUGUUCUGAUAUAUUAUUUAGAAUCUUGUUUGCUGCUUAAAUGCCAAUGGUUUGAUUGCCA